GUAGGAGGAGAGGCUGCUGUGGUCUCCUCUUCCCGUGGUGGGAAAAGCUCUGACCUCCUGGCUGCGAUCCUCCUUUGGGGCAGAGCGGGCAAGAAGAGCUGAUGAAGAGACCCCGAGGUCCCUGUGGGUGCCCAGCGUUAGAGACCGAGCCCCCUUGCCCUGGGGAGCACGUCUGGUGGCAGCCUGGUAUUCCCAGGCUGGGGUGGGUGAGAAGCAGCGCCAAAGCCGUGAGAGAAUCAAACAUGGGAUUCCCAAGUGGGAAAGCUGGGAUUUAUUUCCUUUCUGCUUUAAACAGGUGUUGGUGUAAGGCUGAGCUGUCGCUGUGGUCUCUGGGGUUUAACCUCUGCCUGGGGCGUGGGGAAGGGACAGAGCCACUCUGGGAGGCAGCCGCAGGCCGGGCACGGCACAGAGCCGUGUGGGACGGGUCGGGUGUAUAUUAAUAUGGGGAAAAUACAACAUACGACCUCGCUGUCCAGCUGCCCGGGCGCUGCGCGGAAUCUGCGCGCCCCCAGCGCCGGGCGCAUUCCGCCGGCUCCGCCCCGACCCGUGCGGUCCCGCCCCUCCCCCGCGCGGCCCGCCCCCUUCUCGCCGUCGGUUGGCUGCCGCCGCCGCCCGUCUGCGGCCGCGCAGCCACUCCCCGCGCACCGCACUGCCCCUGCCGCGGUGAUUGGCCGCCCGUCAGGCCGGGCCCCGCCUUCCGGGGGCGCAGCGGGGGAGGGGGAGGCCUGGCGGCCGCGGGGAGACGGCGGCUGAGGCGGCGCCGAGCGCGGAGCGGAGCCGGAGCCGUAGCUCUUCUGCCCACUUGUAAGUGCAACUGGUAUGGGUAAUGGUGUGAGAGAAGGUCGAGUGGAUUUCAAACGGCAGGAUGCGGAGCCAGUUACAUCAACCCAUCUCCCGUCAGAGGAUAAGCAGGAGAAAAAGAAAGUACUCAACUCCCUGAUGUCUGGUGCAUUGGCUGGUGCUGUUGCUAAAACCGCAGUAGCUCCACUGGAUAGGACAAAAAUCAUGUUUCAAGUGUCUUCAAAAAGAUUUUCUGCCAAGGAAGCCUACAGGCUGAUUUAUCGCACCUACCUCAAUGAAGGCUUCUGGAGUCUCUGGCGGGGGAACUCAGCCACCAUGGUCCGUGUCAUCCCUUACGCUGCCAUUCAGUUCUGCGCGCACGAGGAGUACAAGCAGCUCCUGGGGAGUUACUACGGCUUCCAGGGAAAAGCGCUGACACCCUUUCCUCGAUUCAUUGCUGGCUCUCUGGCAGGCACAACGGCUGCCAUGUUAACCUACCCCUUGGAUAUGGUCCGUGCUCGAAUGGCUGUCACGCCGAAGGAGAUGUACAGCAAUAUUGUUCACGUCUUCAUCCGAAUAUCCCGAGAGGAAGGAUUAAAGACUUUGUAUAGAGGAUUUACACCAACCAUCCUUGGAGUGAUUCCGUAUGCUGGGCUUAGCUUCUUCACCUAUGAGACGCUGAAGAAACUACAUGCAGAUCACAGUGGGAAAUCGCAGCCGUCCCCUCCGGAGCGGCUUUUGUUUGGUGCCUGUGCGGGCUUGAUUGGCCAGUCAGCUUCUUACCCCCUGGAUGUGGUUCGCCGACGAAUGCAGACGGCGGGGGUUAUGGGACACACGUACAGUUCCAUCCUUCUCACCAUGCAGGAGAUUAUAAGAGAAGAGGGACUAAUCCGUGGCUUGUACAAAGGACUCAGCAUGAAUUGGGUCAAAGGUCCAAUUGCAGUGGGAAUAAGCUUCACAACCUUUGACCUGACGCAGAUCCUUCUCCGUAAAUUACAGCACAGCACUAAUGUUGAAAGGAAUCGAGCACCUACGCUUCCAUUUUUGUGGACGUGGCGGAGAGCCAGCGUACUGAAGUAUUAGUGUGCACGUAGUUCCCAGAACACGUGGGAUCGAUCAUCCUUUAAUGGUUGUGGAUGGGCGGGGUAUUAACCUCAGUAAUUUCUGCCUCCAAGCCCACAAAUCAUGAUUUCUGUUGUGAAACUUGCCUGCAGUCACUGAGUUACCUUGCAAUUAAAGAUGUGGUGUUGUUUUAAGAGUCUUUAGAGGUGAUAGCCAUGAAUUCUGUAUAUUUUUUGCUCCCAUUGCUAACGGAAGGUGAUCAGCUGUUCGCUUUGUUCGGGUGAAACUUUGUUUAGUCCUUUGCAAGAGCUCUGAUUCCUUUUCUCCAAUGGAGAAGCCGAUUAUUUCUGCUCUUGCCUUUAUCCUGUCUGGCCCAGUGAGGAAAUACUAAGGCAGUUGCAUCCUACCGCAAAAGUGAGGUACGGACCGGCAGCUGGAUGUGUUGGGAGCUGACUCUGUGUGUGUGUGUGUGCGUGUCUGUGUGUGUAAUCCAUGCCACGUUCCCUCUCUGCUUGGAGGCUGCCGGUUGAAAGCGCGGUCCUUUCUGCACAGCCCAUGGGUGCUACGUGAAGACGAGAGGAAGCUGAACCGUGGCAUCCAAGUUAGAGCGGGCUCCUUUGCUCCGCACUACGGUAGGUGAUCUCGGAGGCGAGCGCAGCAGACCUUGUCUUACGAGAUGCUGAGCAUCACUGAACCCCUAUGGCAACAGAGGUGGCUUGAUUCCUCCUGGGUCCUGGCCGAGAAGGGAUUUACACUGGAUGACUGGCCUCUUGUUUGGGACUGAAUGGGAGGGCAGGGUACCUUCUGCCGUGUCAGGAGUGUAGUUAGUGUAUUGAAAGAAGGGGAAGCCUGUGGAGGAGGCAGCCUCUGGCUGGCUGACCCUGGUGUCGCCCACCUUGCAGCCGAAACGCGGUGCGGCCGGCUCACGUAGAGCCUGGCAACUCUGAGCUGAGAAACAAGCCCUGAAAGCGCAGCCAGGCCUGGAAGCCGUGGGCUCAGAGAAGCUGUUCCUUAGUUAGCAGCUGCCCCUGAUCUGAAUUCAACGGAGUUUUAGCCAAACACGUUUCUUCCAAGUUUUGCAGGCUGAGCGUUUGUUCAGAGGCAGACCUUUGAAUUCAGUCUGUAAUGGUUUUGGUGCUUUUGUUUCUUGGGCAAAAGUGUUCAGAGUAACUGUGUGUUAUUGCUUUGGGUUGGUUUAAAUAGCUUUUUUCUUUUUUUUUUUUUUUUUUUUUUCCCCCUUCUCUGAUUUGAAUGUAGAAAAGGAGAAACAGAGUGUUCUCUUCCCUUCUCUUAAUCCUUGCAUGAAUUGAGAUGUGUUCCAGGUCUCUGUUGCCUGGAAUGAGUGCCCGAGGAGCGUUGGGCAUGCUGGGUUGGAAAGGGAGGGUGCCCGUGUGCUGGCCAAGGAGGUCCAUUGCCUUUAGCUCCGAGAAGGGAGACGAGUCUAAUGGGAAUAUUCUCUGGUCCUUCUUUUCUUGAGAACCUCUUUACUACCCCGAAUUCCCCAAUCUUUCAUUUUAUUCUUCUCUAAUUCCUUGGUUUUAUUUUCAAGUCGUAUUUCUCACUGUUCCUUAAUGCAUUACCGCCAAACAUUCGAACGUUAAUUUGUGCUUUUCUUUUUUUACUUUUGCCUUGUCUACUCCCCCUCCCUCCCUGCUUCUGCACCUGUAGUCCUGCACUAGCACUUCGAGAAAAUCAGGUCCAACGAAAUGCAUCCAAAAAUGAUAAAAUUGCGGCUUUUGACAAGCGAUGCCCAAACAGCCCAAAUAGGCUUCCCGCUCGUGGGCAGGGACACUUGGGGGGGGGGGCGCAAGAAGUUAAAGGCACUGGGUGAUGGGGCAGAAGGGGUUUUUUUAAAAGGUUCUUGAACCGUUUGUCUAGCCUAGCACCUUUGCUUCUCCUAGCGCCUUUCCUUCCCGAGCUGUGAAAUGCGGCUGCUGCUCGUGGUUUCCUCGUGCGGUACCUCCUCGGGAUGCUGGGGAGAGCUGGGCCUUCCGGGGGGCUCCGAGGCUCAGCUGGGGCAGUGACUAUGUGAGAGGUGGGGCCUGAGCUGCCUUCUUGCCCCCCCCGUUGCCCUGCGUGCCCCCUGCAGACCUCUGCCCGUUCCCCGGGAAGGCAGAGCCGGCUGGUGGUUGGCAGGAUCGUGGUGGAAGGAUCAGGAGAGGAGUCGCAGCCUCCUGGGGCACGAAGUCACCGAAAGCCGCGGGGUGGGGAGCGUGUUGCAGCACUGGUACUCCGGGGGUGCUCUCCAAAAGCAGUUUCAUGGCUUCUGUGGAAAAAUAGUGGUACUUCUGCUAACUUCUUACCGCCUCCCGUGUAGGAGGACUCGAGCACGGUCACCUUCACUCUCUGGAGUCUGUAACAGGAAAGCAGGUGAGGCGUGAAAGGAAACUUGAGCAGAAGCACUGUGGCAGCCCCGUGCGAGUCCGGAGCCGGUCCUGGGCGGGCAGGAGGAGGAGGGAAGGCGGUGGGAUACAUCCCACGGCGUUUCCCCCGUGCCUGACUGGGUACCUGGGCUCUGCAGAGAGCCGGGGCGCAUGUUCCGCACCCUCCCUGCCUGGCCUGGGCCAGAGGAGGAGGUGGCCUUCCUACAAAACAGCCUUUUUUUUUUUUUUUUUUUUAUUUUUUUCUUAAUAUUGUAGGGGCUGAUUCCUCCCGCUACCCCCGUCUCCCCCCUAAACGCCGUGUGGCGCAGGGUUUCCCAGCACCCUUCACUGCCUGUGUGGUCUAUGCAUAUAAUUAGCACAAACACUGUUAAAUGCCUUUUGUCAAGACGUGUCCUCACCAUCAAUGUGCGCGUGUACGUAUGUGUGUCAUUUUUGACUGCUUUUCUUGGAUCUGGAGUUCUAUUUUAUUGCAGUGAAGACACUUUGUUAUAUAAUGUUUAUAUAUUUUAAGAUUUGUGCCAAGAGAGGAUGUAUAUUUAAUAAAAAAUUAUAAUUGAC